GUGUUGGUGAGCGGUCUCCGCAGGUACGGGUGCCCCCUGCUCUUCAUGGUGGGCGUGGAUGACGAAAACCGGAGCUGUGUCUUGGGCCAGGGCGUGCUGCGGUCGGAAUGCAAGGAGACGUUUCAAUGGUUCUUGGAAGCGUACGAGACGGCCGCCGGCAGACGAAGGCCCAAGGUCAUGCUGACUGACGUAGACCGGGCCAUGACUUCGGGUUUGGAGGAAUGGACCACCACCUUGCACCUUUUCUGUUUGUGGCACGUUUUCAAGAACGUGCUCAAGAACUGCUCCUCGUCCUUCCCCGACAAAGAAGAACGGGCGAAAAUGCUUCGUCUUUUUCGCAGUGCUGCGUACGCAGCCACGCCGGAGGCCUUUGCAAGGUACCGGGUGGACCUCGAGAAGAUCGUGAAGGGCAAGAAGUGCGAGGAGUACAUGGACGCCCUUAUCCAGGACAAAACGAAGUGGGCUUCCUCCUGCUGGCCGACACUGCUCACCAUGGGUAUGGUUGCCACCCAGCGCACCGAGGGUAUGUUCGGGGUGGCGAAGAGAUCCGGAGUUCACAAGAAGCUGUCCCUGUGCGGUCUGUGGGAGAAGCUCCAACUUCUGUACCAGAAGAUGGACGUCGAGUACAGCAGGGUCGCAACGAGAGGCGUGGGAGCGGAGUUGCCAUUCCAGACGAAGCAUCUGCAGGGGAUCUUCGCCCCGAUCCAGGAAGAGCUCAAACGGGUUGGCGCAAGCCAGUACUGCCAAGUGGAGGCUAGGGCCGAGGUUGGCGGAUCGCAGUCAUACGACGUCGAGGUCAUCUGCGCAGGCGCCACGGAUGACGACGGCCGCCCCGAUCCUCUGGGAGAGGGUGUCCUUCGUCGAAAGCUUGAGGCCGUUCGCUUCGACCUUAGCCUUUUCGAGGAAGCGCCGCCUGACACUGACCUGGAGAAGGACUGCAUGCGUGGCCCUGAGGCGGAAUCGACUGAAGACAGCAGCGUAUGGGCGCGCACGUCGUUGGAGGCCCUCCUCGACCUCAUCGGCGAACUCCCCGUCCACGUUGCGGCGGCUGUGCGAUACAAACUCACGCCUGCAAGGCCGGGUCAUGUUGUGGUUUUCGGACCCAAUGGCUUCCACUUGUGCUCUUGCCUCAAGCUGUUGCGACACGGCCUCGUCUGCAGACACUACUUCACCGUGCUAGUUCGUUUCCUCGGCUGCAGCUUCAAGGGAAUCCUGCUCGACCACCGCUUCGACGGCAACAGUCUCCACGCACGCUGGCGGCAAUCGCUUGACGGCAACGACGAGCCAUGGACCGUCUCCAGAGUGUUGAAAGAGACAGGGCACGGCGACGGCUGGGACGGGUGUGAAGAGGGCGCAGACGACAACUUCUGGGGGCCAACGUUCGACGACGACGACGCGGGGGACGGCGUGCAUCCUUCGGAACGUGCGGCAAAAGCAGCUGCCGCUCAAUCAGCGACUGAUGAGCGCCGGGUGUUCGCGAGCAUGAUGGCCUAGAGCAAGGAAAACGUCUCCGAAAUCCUAAGGACGGUUCCACCCGCGAAGGCCAUGGAGAUCCAGGCUGACCUCGACAAGUGGGUGAGGUUCCAGCUCGCGGAGGCUACCGGACAGAACAGCGCCAAGAAUCCCGCGCAGGUCAAGAAGGCUGGAAGGCCUAAGAAAUCAAAGUCGGGAGAACAACAGGAGAAGCGCGGUGAUGGCAAUGGUGCGCCGCCAGGGCAGACCGGCUCUGCUAAGCCGGUCGGUAACCCGCAAGGGCGGAUGGACAAGAGCCGCAGGGCCAAAAGGAUGAGAGACUCAGCUGGGCCUGGGUCUGGGGGUCCUAGCCGUAGGAUUAAGAAGGAGGACGACUCGUAGUGCUUAACACGUAGCGCCGUAAACUUGAGCGGCCCCGAGUGAAUGAAGGUCCAGCUUGAGCGAGUCUCGAUGUCGUUGUAUUCAAUGAUACCUCCUGUGUUGCGAGGUAUGGAACGGUGAUUUUCUUCCUCCGUUGAUUGCCGGCGCCUCCGUGUUUGCGGGUACACAGACGACGAUAGGCGACCUACUUAUGCGGCUUAUGCGCAGGUUGUCCUUCAACAACGCCAGCCUACCUCUCCCUUCAGUCCUCGUGUCACGGGGGUAGCGCUACGUAGCAUCAGGCUUCGUGUCGUCUGGGUGUCAAACAAUCGUCUGGGUGUGAAACAAAGCGCGGAAACAAAAUCUAAGAUACUGCCCACAAUUCACGUAUGCGAAAAUAACGUUGUCCCCUCCCCCUAGCCCUGCGAGCAAUUCCAUCCGCGCCGUGUGUGCCGAGAAACGGGCGGUGUCGUAUAUAAGCUUAUCUACGACACCGCCCUCGGGGACACCGUCCCGCCGGGUGUAGGCGUACCAUGGCACUGACUGGGUGGAUUUCGCCCCACAGCGGCUUGAACGAUAGCUAUGGGCUGUACCAAUGUAGUGCACGUGGUCUGAUGUCCAUCGGCGCCGUUUGUGGCGAGAAACGGGCGGUGUCGUA